AUGGCUGACUCUACGCUUAUAUCCGAAGAUCAAACCUCGUAUCUCGUGAGCCGCUCAUCGCGCGAUAUACAGGGCUUCUGCGAGAACUAUCCUCUGCGCCGGCACAAGUUCGAGGGAGAAGCAAGCAAAGGCUCUCUCCAGUGUCGCCGCGACUGGACCGAAUACAUCGGCCCGAUCGAGCGCUGGGCCAGCUGUAACCCAUGGGAAGGCCACUUCGGAGUCGUGGUCCUUCCAUUCUGCAAACCAGAGAGAUUGGCUAUAAUCAGCUAUAUAUUCGAGUAUGCGUUUCUUUAUGAUAAUGUCGUCGAAUCAGCAGCAAAAUGCGCUUUGAACGCGCACGCAGACAACCUCGCCCUCGACGAGACAGAGUACCGGACGGUGCGUUCAAUCACCGGAACCAAGCAGAUCCAAUCGAAGAUGCUUCUUGAGCUACUCUCGAUUGACGCUCCGUGCGCGGAAGUUGUGAUUGAGGCCUGGAAAACCAUGAUCUCCACAACUACAAAACAGGAUAAAUCUCGGCCUUUUGAGAAUUUGGAGGAUUAUGUUGACUAUCGGAUCGUCGACACGGGGGCACCAUUUGUCGAUAUGCUGAUGCGCUUCGGUAUGGGCAUCCUGCUGACCUCCGAAGAAGACGAGAUUGUUUCCUCAAUUGUAAAGCCUUGCUAUGCUGCCCUGGGCUUAGCAAAUGACUAUUUCUCCUUUGAUAUCGAGUGGGAGGAGUUCCAGCAGUCUGAGAAAGCGACUAUGACAAACGCUGUAUGGCUCUUUAUGCAGUGGCAUGACAUCGACGUACCAGGAGCCAAAAUACUGGUGCAGCAAGUGACAAACAGAUAUGAGAAGGAGUUCCAACAAAACGUGGCGAGCUUCGUUGCUGGGAAGGGAAAAGACAACAUCAAAUUGCAGACUUACCUCAAAGCACAGAGCCAACAAAUGCCAGGGAAUGUCGCUUGGAGUUUGCGAUGCCCGCGAUACCAUCCUGAGUUAUGUGAGGAGGCCAGCAAGAUGAUAUACAGCACGGUUCAGGGCCUGUCGAUUCCACCGAAGAGGGUUAAAACGCCGUUUCAAGGCCCAGCUUCUACCGUGCGUCCAAGAGGGCACACAGAUGCCUCUGUAGGUAGUGUAUCCGAUGAUUCGUCUGUAUGGUCUGCGGAAAAUACUCCCUCUUCACGAUCCUCAGUCUCCUCCGCUUCAUCUCAUAUCGAAGACCUGAGGCCACUGUCUCUAGGUUUAGAGCAUCUACUGGGUCCUUCUGAUUACAUUAGUUCUCUGCCAUCCAAAGGCGUACGAGAAGCAUUCAUCGACGCAUUGAACGUUUGGUUGAUACUCCCGGAUCAUCAUGCCAGACAGUUAAAAUGCAUCGCACAGACGCUCCACAAUGCCUCAUUGAUGUUAGACGACAUUGAAGAUUCAUCGCCUCUCCGUCGUGGCCAACCAGCAACUCACAUGGUUUUCGGACAGGGACAGACGAUCAACUCGGCCAACUUCCUUCUAAUCAAGGCAGUGGAUCAGGUACGACAAUUGGAGGACGAGCAAUGUAUGCAGAUCUUCUUGGAAGAAAUGCAGAAUCUCUUCGCCGGCCAAAGUUUCGAUCUAUAUUGGACACGGAAUGGGAAGUGCCCUUCUUAUGAGAAAUACAUGGAGAUGAUUCGACAGAAGACCGGUGGUUUAUUCCGCCUGCUUGCUCGACUAAUGACUCAAAAGGCCUCAGCCCUGCGCCAUCGAAACAUCGCCUUGGAAUCACUCACGGUGAAACUCGGUGAAUACUUCCAAAUCCGCGAUGACUAUAAAAACCUAACUGAAACCUACACCGGCCAAAAAGGCUUCUGCGAAGACAUCGACGAAGGCAAAUUCUCUUUCCCACUAAUCCAUGCUCUAACCUCCCAGCCAGGGGACUCUGAACUCCGUGCUCUUCUGCAACAGUCACGGAGUCCUGGCAGUAUUGAUGUACCUACGAAGCAGUGUAUUCUUGAACACCUCCAUCAGGCUGGUAGCAUGGAGUAUACCGUUAAAUCGUUACAGGGUCUCAUGGGGGAGAUUACGGGCCAGAUUGGGUUGAUUGAGAAUGACACGAGAUGUCCGAAUUGGAUUUUGAGACUUUUGGUUCAUAGGCUGGCUGUGUGA